AUGUAUGUAUUAAUGAAAUCAUUAUUUAUUUCACUUUUAAUUUUUGCAUUGUACUCUGUUGUGAUGGUAUCAUCACAAUUGUCGUCGGCCGAUCAAACUACCAUCUUUAACCAACACAAUGCUUGGAGAUCCAACCCAUCCCCAGCUGCCAAGGGUACCAUCAAACCAUUGGUUUGGAAUACUACCAUCGCUACAACUCUCCAAGCUCACAUGAACAAGUGUGACGGUAGAUUCAGUCCAUCGGCUCUUCAAGGUAUCGUAGGUGAGUUCCGUAUCUCCAUGUCACCAUCUCUCAAUGUACCAAGCAUGUUAAACUUUUUAAAUGCUACUCGUAGCUACUUUAACUGGUCAACCAAGGCUUGUUCUCCUGGUAGUUGUCUCCACAAUUAUGCUGUUUGGAAUACUACUACAUCAUUUGCAUGUGGAUACAAACAAUGUAACGGAUCACAUUAUAUUAUGUGUGAUUAUUUCCCAAGAGGUGGUUUCUCUGGUGUCUGGCCAUACACUCCAUCAUCGAUCCCAGCUCCAACUACCACUCCAACUCCAACCAACACUCCAACUCCAACCACUACACCCAAGCCAACUACUACUCCAACUCCAACCACCACACCAAAGCCAACUACCACUCCAACUCCAGCUCCAACCUCUGCUCCAGCCCCAGGUUCAAUCGAUUGGAGAUCCAAGUCUACCCCAGUUAGAAAUCAAGGUGGUUGUGGCAGUUGUUACAUUUUCGGAGCUCUUGCCGUCGCCGAAGCAAGAAACAAGAUAAAGACUGGUUUGGAUAUUGAUUUAUCAGAACAAAAUGUUUUGAAUUGUUAUUCCAAUGGUUGUAAUGGUGGAUGGCCAAUGACUGUCUUCCAAUUGAUGCAACCAGUUGGUGUAGAGUAUGAAAACACUCUUCCAUACACUGCCGUCAAACAAGCCACCUGUUCCAACUCUACCCAACCAAGAUUCAGAUGGACAAGUCAAGCCAAUAUGGCUGGUGUCACCAAACAACAUUUCCUCGAUGCCUUAAAGGCUGGUCCAGUCGUAGUCGCUCUCUUUGCCGACGGUGGAUUCCAAUCCUAUGGAUCUGGUGUUUACUCUUGUCCAGAACAAUACACUGGUGUCAAUCAUGCCGUAGUUCUCACUGGUUAUGAUGCUUCCAAGGAUGCUUGGAUCAUUAAAAAUUCUUGGGGUACUUCAUGGGGAUCAGUUGGUGGAUACAUUUACCUUAGUGCUGCCAAUGAUAGAUGUAACAUGAUGAAGUAUGCUGGUUCUUAUGUUACAAUUUAA